GGAAGUGAUGGACUCAGCGGUCACUUCCGGUAGGUGGAGUGGGCGAGAAUUGCCCGCCUCCCCCAGUUCUGUGUUGGCUCGCGCCCAGCAGGAGCCGGAGACGCCGGGUGGAGAAGCCGCAGCUGGAGCAGGACUCCUAUGUGAUCGUGUGACACUUUAUCUGCAAGCCAAGUCCGGUCAGCCCGGCAGGAGGCUGUGGUGAGGACUGGAAACUGGCUCAUAGCCCGUGAACAGAGAGCGAUGCUCAACGGCAGUCUGUGGAGCCAGGGCAGGGAGCAGAAGAUCUGGGAGAAGAGCACUUACUUUGGUCUUGAAUGUCUGCCGAGCUGACAAGAUAGUAGACUGUCCCAUUGGCUUAAUACACAGAAGAGGAGGAAAACAUCUGAAAUACUGUACAGGAAGCUAAAAGAUCCUUGUAAGUGACUGAUCUAUGAAAUGGCAGAGAAUGGAACAGAUUGUGACCAGAGACGCAUAGGAAUGAUCAAAGAACAGCACAAUGGGAACUUUACAGACCCCUCUUUGCCGUGUGAACGGAAGCGAAGGGACCGAGAAGAGAGGCAAAAUAUUGUGCUCUGGAGACAACCACUCAUUACCUUGCAGUAUUUUUUCCUGGAAACCCUAAUAAACUUGAAGGAAUGGACCAUAAAAUUGUGGCAUCGCCGAAGUAUCGUGGUGUCUUUUUUGCUGCUGCUUGCAGUGCUUACAGCUGCGUAUUAUAUAGAAGGAACACAUCAACAGUAUGUGCAGUAUACGGAGAAAAAAUUCUUGUGGUGUGCCUACUGGGUAGGCUUAGGCAUUCUGUCCUCUGUUGGACUCGGAACAGGUCUUCAUACCUUUCUACUCUAUUUGGGUCCACACAUAGCAUCAGUUACACUUGCUGCGUAUGAAUGUAACUCAGUUAAUUUUCCUGAACCACCGUACCCUGAUCAAAUUAUCUGUCCUGAUGAGGAGGGGAUUGAAGGAUCCAUCUCUUUAUGGACCAUAAUCUCAAAAGUCAGGCUAGAGGCCUGCAUGUGGGGUGCUGGCACAGCUAUUGGAGAGCUGCCUCCUUAUUUCAUGGCCAGAGCAGCCCGACUCUCUGGUGCUGAACCUGAUGAUGAAGAGUAUCAGGAAUUUGAGGAGAUGCUGGAACAUGCAGAGGCUGCACAAGACUUUGCCUCCCGAGCUAAACUGGCCGUCCAGAACCUGGUGCAGAAGGUUGGAUUCUUUGGCAUUUUGGCCUGUGCUUCAAUUCCAAAUCCUCUGUUUGACCUGGCAGGAAUAACAUGUGGCCACUUUCUGGUUCCCUUUUGGACCUUCUUUGGCGCAACCCUAAUUGGGAAAGCAAUAAUUAAAAUGCACAUCCAGAAACUUUUCGUUAUUAUAACAUUCAGCAAACAUAUAGUGGAGCAGAUGGUGUCCCUAAUUGGUGCUGUCCCAAGUAUAGGUCCCUCUCUUCAGAAGCCGUUUCAAGAGUACUUGGAAGCUCAGCGAAUUAAACUUCACCACAGAUCUGACAAUGGAGUGCCACAGGGGGAGAACUGGUUAUCAUGGAUGUUUGAAAAACUUGUGAUCGUCAUGGUUUGCUAUUUCAUCUUGUCUAUAAUAAACUCCAUGGCCCAAAGCUAUGCCAAACGAGUGCAGCAGAAGAUGUACUCUGAGGAAAAGACAAAAUAAGCUGGGUAAAACCCAUUGAAAUGGGCUUUAGCAGACAUGCAAGUGACAGGUCUUACCAUAUGUUAAAAAUCGGCAUUCUUCAAAACAGGGAAACACUUUUUAAAAUCAUCAAUUUUCCAGCUGUAACAAGUUUUUAAUUAUUUUCUUUUGAAAGUAAUUCACUCUUAGAGAAUAACUUUCAUUUACAAACGUAUGUAUGUUAAGGUAAUGUAUAUACUCUCUUUAAUUCAGUCUGAGUUGUACGUUCUGGGGUGGCACGUGUGAUGCUAGACUAAUGUUGAACAUGAAUGCUUUCCAUUCAAGUUAAUUCCAAAAUUGAUGAUUUAAUACUUAGCACAACUCCAGAUUUCCUGAUUAACUUGCAGCCUGGCCUAAAAGUAACGAUUUUCUUUUGAAGGAUGGCUGUCGUGCCUCAUAAUUUCAAGGUCAUUGAAAUGUAUGUAAAUGAUAGUAGACUGGGUAACAUUCUUGCAUGUCCCUCAUGGUAAUACGAGUCCAUCUGAGUUCUCAGAAAUGCCGUCACAUCGCACAUGCUCUCAGUUGGAAAAGCCACCCUUGCCAACUUCAUAAUGGUGUAAGCAGAGAUGGCUGAUAUCAAACUGGUGCAGUUCACUUUUUUAUUCUGUAUAUUUAGAAUGAAGUCAAGAUAAAACUUUAUAAAGUCAUCUUUGAUCAUUCCA